CCAUGUUUGGUGGACGAUAAAAAAUUUUUGACGAGUUAUUAGCAGGAACACUCCAAAAGUUAGUAUUACGUAAGUAAAAACGCUGUACAUAAUAAGUAAUACGCAGAAAAAUCGCUGAUUCUGAACGUACCUUUACCAUGGUCUGUAGCUGUUACCCGCUGGCCGCUGCAACCUUAGAAUGUCAGAAAAGGACGACUUGAGCACUUGACUAGUUUGCAGAGCAGACGAAAUAUUUAAAUAAUCAAAAUUUUUUAGUUCACGUGGUUUUGGUUACUUUUGGCGUUUAUUGUCUAAUUCGUUUUUGGUUUAGUUUGCUGACAUGGAGUCGAAAAGUUUUGGACUGUCGCUUUUGCAGUGCUACUCUGAUGAUGAUGAAAAGACCAAUUCAGGAAAUGAUGACGAAAUUAAGUCUAACGAGAACGAUUUCUUACAACAGAGUCAUGCCAUCACAGAUGCACAGGAUUCCAGCAUCAUAAAAAAUGAAGAAAGUGUAAAACCUAUGGUGGUAGAUUUGUCAUCUGUCUCUGAUAGUCAAAUUUCAGCUAUGCCUGAUACAACGCAAAGGUCUGCCCUGCAGUUUCCUCAUGUUUACAGAGACAAUUGUAGAAAUAAUGAUUCAGAAAGUGAUUCUAGUAGUGAUGAAAGCUGUGUUACUGCUCCAGUCGAAGUAGAUUUGGAUGCAAGUGUAGAAGAGGAUGAAAACAUUGGUGGAGCAAAUAACAAGGGAUAUGGUGCUAAUAACUGCAAAUCCAAAAUGCUUGAAGACUUAGGCAUCCUUGACUUGGCACCUCUCGAGGCCUUAAAGAUUUCAGUCCCAGAAGAAGAAUGCAUACCAAUUGGAGUUGUGCAUAAAAUAAUUGAUCCAUUGGUAAUUGUUUCAGCCAAAAAGGGGUGUCCAGCUAUAGAUUUAGAUUCAGCUUUAUUCCUUGAUCAUGGAAAAACAUUCCUUGGACAAGUAUUUGAUGUGUUUGGGCAGGUCAGCGAACCAAUGUAUAUGAUACGUUUUAAUUCUUUGCAACACAUUUUGGAACAAGGAAUUGAAGUAGGGAUGGAAGUAUACUUUGCCCCACGGACCCGUCAUACGGCUUUUGUUUUCGUUGACGCUCUUUUUAAGCAAAAGGGGAGUGAUGCUUCAUGGGAAAAUGAUCAGGAACCACCAGAGGGGUGCGUCGAUUAUUCCGACGAUGAACAAGAGCGUCGGGCAAAAGCGGCGCAUCGUCUUAAAAAGAAACCUCGUAAUAAUACUGAAGAAGCGUCAACAAAUCCAUGCAAGAAACGCCAAGACAAAGUUCAAUCGUACUAGAGGUCGAGAUCCAGUAAUAAUGCAACCCCAAGUGAAUCCGUUUUACAUGCUACCACCUCCAGGUUAUCCCCCAUGUUACCCUCCUCCUGAUCCCAAUUACCCGAACCUAGUUCAUAAUUUUACUCCCGAUGCUUCUGUUUCGAAUACGGAGCAAUUAUUAGCACCUUCGCCCUACGUUUAUCCGCCUGCUGUACCUCUGGCU